AUGUCCAAAGUGGGGGUGCCCCAAUUGCAGAAGCGCCUCGAUGGUCUGCUGGCGUUCCUCAAUCCUCACUGGGAUUUCGUGAAUUGCCACAUGGUGAAUUAUUUAACGGAUCAACACUGGGAAGUCUUUCUGCCCGAGGCUUUAAGAAGGGAGAUCUCUGGCAAAGAAGAUGUGGAUCUGGCGAUAGAUGGCUUAUUUUGGCAAGAUGAUGAAGCAGGAGGAAGAUUUCCAGAAUGGCUGGGUUUCUUGAAGAAGGGCAAGCAAGAACGCCUGGCACUUCAUCCGGAAUUGCUGACCAGCGUGGAGGAACUAAUUGAGGGACAAGAGAAUGCCGCACAGCUAAGCAUUCGGGAGUUUAUGAGCGCCAAAAAGUGCCAUGAGGUGGAGCUAACAGCUGCCCUAGUAGACCAUCUCCUGAAGAACUCCAGCCAAGACUGCUACAUUGUGGAUGCGGGCGAUGGCAAGGGCUAUCUCUCCUCUCGCCUGGCGCUCCAGUAUGGCCACCGCGUUCUCGGCAUCGAUGCCAAUGCGGAAAACACACAAAACGCCCUGAGCCGCAAUCGAAAACUGCAGCGUGCUUGGAACGGACUCACGGAACGAGCGGAGCUGCAGAGCCAAGGAAUCACCCCCAAGAGGCGAGGAAAAAAGUCGCCCACCAGGGAUACCAUAAAGAGUGCACCUGCUUUGGAAAACUACAAGACAACGGCCAGGUUUAUAACCACCGAACUCAAUUUUGGCACCUUGCUGGCGGAGCAUUUCCAUCAGCUCCCGCAAACAGGCAGUCCUAACAUUUGCCUUACUGGAUUGCACACCUGUGGCAAUUUAGCCGCCACUUGCCUGCAGGUUUUCCAUGCCCAAAAAGACUGCCAAUUGCUGUGUAACAUUGGCUGCUGCUAUCAUUUACUGAAAGAGCGGUACUCACAGCAGGAAUUCUUUGGAAACAAGGCACUGAUGGACAUGCAAACGGACCACGGGUUCCCAUUGAGUCAGUAUCUCCAGGAACGGCAAGUUCGCAUGGGUCGCAAUGCCCGGAUGCUGGCGGCUCAGUCCAUUGAACGCACACUGGACGCCAAGGAGCUGCCUAAUGUAACGCUCUACUAUCGUGCUCUUUUGGAAGUACUGGUUUGCCGACACUCCCCGCAAUUAAAGAACGAAUUGCAGGUGGGCAAGGUGCGCAAAUUUGACAGUUUCCAGGAAUACAUUCAAAAAUGUGCCACAAAACUGGAUGCUCCUUGGUUGGCAGCCAUCGAGGAGGAAGAACUUCAUUGCCUUCUACAAGAAUACGCUUUGGACAAGCAUUAUUUGGACCUAUUCUACCUGCUACGAAUGUCCUUUGCUCCUGUGCUAGAGAGUUUGAUACUGCUCGACCGACUUCUAUAUCUAAAGGAACUGGGCUAUGAGCGCAGCUAUCUUAUAGACUUGUUUGAUCCAGUCAUAUCGCCCAGACAUUUUGCAAUCGUUUCCAUUAAGCCUCUAUCAUAACGAUUUUGACUUUGAAAACUCAUCAACAGUUUGACAGGCGGAGCCGGUUCUGGGUAAUCGUUAAUUAAUGAUAAUCAUGCAAUACUUUUGGAGCAGUAAUGUAUUCUGAUGUAAACCUCAAUUAAGCGACAGUGUAUAUCUAAAAAUGUCAAAUCAAAACAUAAACAUAAAACAAAUUUUCACAAAUUGACCAAUUAUUUUCUAAACUUUAGUUGAAAAAUCCUUACAGGAAAUACCUCCUUGUAAAUUUUAUACCAUUAAAAUAUAAAUACAAUCAUGA